CUGUCCAGCCUAAGCCUCUUUUUGAUAGAUGUGCUCACUUGCUUUGACUUCAAUUCAGAUAUGUACCUGACAGAUAUGCUGGAGUACAGUCAGAUUUUUGUUUGCUAGUUGCAGCAAAGUUGACAGGUUAAUCAUCUGCUUCCUGUAUAAUGCUGAAUGUAAAGCCAAGGUGGACUGCAGGGAGAUUUCUCUACUUAAAUGAAUAAGUGACUGCUGUGGAAAAUCAAAAGUAACAAUGCGUUGUGGGGUAUUUCUCUGUCUAAUUGGAGCUGUGCACAUUUGUUUACAGGUCAUUGCAGCAGAAAAUGUCUACAUUGCUGAGCUGAUGGUGGAAAGUAACGUCACACUUGAGGCCCAGACCCUCUUGUCAGCUUGGAAUAAAACUGACCUUCAAGUGAACCAAGCCAUCACUGUGACCGUCUCAACCUCUGAACUGGUAGCAGAGUGCCGGAUUGUUGGAGAUGAAUCAACCUGCAACUGCAGUACUGGGUACAUUUGGAGCAAUGAAGUGUGCUACAAUUACAACUGUUGCCGUGAAACUUCGUGCACACAAAAUGUGUCCCACAUUACACCACUCUGCGUUGCCAAAGUCAAAGUUCGCAUUACUGGAUCAGUAACAAAAGACACUUUGGAUUCAUCCAUAGAAGGCAAGCUUGAAGCUGAAUUUGGAAGGCUGAAUGGCUUUGAGUUCCUGAAUGUAACUGAACUGAGGUCAGGAAACACAGUUACCGACUUUGAGGCAGCUGUCAGCAUCAAAUUGAAGACUUCUAAACUUCAAGAGAUUGUGAAAAAUCUGGAAACCAAACUUAAAGCUGUUGUUCAGGUCGAAACUGAAGGAAUGGUCACCAUAGAGUCCCCAGAGUUUGCAGUGUGCUACGAGUCUGUGCCUGAACUGAAAUGCACAUUGGAGGAGAAGACAGACAGCAGUGGCUGGAACAUGAGCAGGCCAGAUAGGCGCUUUGAGCUCAGCGAGGGCAGUGUGGUGAAACUGAACCACAAAUGUACCACAAAGGAAAACAUGUCUUGUGUUGCAGUCAAACUCCAGAAGGUGACAGGCAUCUGGGCAGGCUUAUACGAGUGCGGAUUCACCAAGGGGUCAGUCAGGCACACGGCCAAGACAGAGCUGAAAGUGGCACUCCUACCUGAUGAGAUCACCAUGAUGAUCAACCCUCUUACAGCAGACUGUAGCUCUAAACAGACUUCGGCUCUGAAUAUAAUGGCCAGUGCCACCAUCCUUAAAAGCAAUGAGACCUAUAAAGUUUGGUGGACCUACAUGGAAGACAAUCAGUCUACUUCAAAUAACAAGACUGAUGGAGAUAAUCUGGUCUAUACUUUUAAUGUUUCUGUCGACUGCGAAAGUAAUGCCCAACAAAGUGUUAAUGUCACUUUUAAGAACACGAAGAACCAAGAAAAAUCUGCAAGUGUGGCUAUCCCAGUAAUACAUGAGGGUGACAAAACUUGCCGUGAAGAGAACCCUUGGCCAACAACUCCAGCCGGAAACACAGUGACAAUUCAAACAUGUACAGAGGGCAGGGUUGGCGAUAAGUCACGCACUUGUAAUGAGAAUUCUGUUUGGCAGUCGGUGAUCUCCAAUUGCAUCAGUAAAGAGUUGAACAAUGUGUUAAAUUCUGCAGAUAACUUUGCAAAGGGACUUGGGGCUACACAGAAGGAGGCCAAGAAUAUAUUUGAAGGACUUAAGAACAGCUCUACAUUAACAUCUGAUUCUGAUAACUUAAUUGCUGACAUAAGCGCUUCCAUCACUGUUCUUAAGGUGAUGGCCAGUGCAUCAGAAAAUUUUGCCUUGCAAGAGGAUGUCUUGCCGGAUUUUGUUAAUGCAGCAAGCAAUAUGUUGAACGCGAACUGGAGUAGUAUCAGUGAAUCUACUGUUCAGCAAAUGUCAGCAGAUUACCUGCAGUCUGUGGAGGGUCUUGUGAAGAAUAUCAAGGUUAACAAAACGAAUGAAUUCAAAAGUGAUAAUUUAGAUCUACAAAUUUGCCCAGGUAAUGACUGUAAUGUGUCUGUGUUUGACGUCAACGUAAGUCUAAACAAGACCAACGGCAUAAUGAAAACUGUUGCUGUGAAAAAUCUAAUGGAGAAAUUAAAUAACAACUUUGCUAAAACAGAAGCUAUCAGCCUCCUUCUAUCAGCCACACUGGAGGAAAACAAUGAUUCAUCCUUACAAAUUGAACUAGAGUUCCCCAACCAGCACAGUGACAGAAAACCUCGCUGCGUCUUCUGGAACACCACUGAGCGCGAAUGGUCAGUUGACGGAUGUUUUUUUAUCAACAGAACUGAUGUAAACCACACAGUCUGCAUGUGCAACCACCUGACUUCAUUUUCUGUCCUCAUGGCCAAGGGCGAUGUAUCUACAGAUGUUCUGGAUAUCAUUACCAAUGUGGGCCUUGGUGUGUCCAUCUGCUCCUUGUUGAUCUUCCUCAUCAUUGAGUCUCUAGUGUGGUCAGCUGUGGUCAAGACCAACCUUUCACAUUUCCGUCACACAGCCAUAGUGAACAUUUCCAUAUUUCGCUUGCUUGCUGACUGCAGUUUUCUGGCGUCCAGCAAUCCUGAGAAGAUCAGUGACACCUGGUGCCUAGUUCUUACAGUAUGCAAACACCUGUUUUACUUGGCUAUGUUCAGCUGGAUGCUGUGCCUGAGUGUCAUGCUCGUCCACCAGCUCAUCUUUGUCUUCAGCCCACUGAGGAAAAGAGUCUUCAUGUUCUUCUCUAGCAUCAUAGGCUAUGUUUGCCCAAUCUUAAUUGUGGGAUCCAGCUAUGUGUACUGCAAAUACACCGACAAGCCCUACUAUGAUAAGAAGAAAGGCUGCUGGCUAGUUUAUGAAAAACUCUUGGAGGGUUCCAUACAUGCUUUCCUCCUCCCUGUGGGAACUGUUAUUUUGACAAAUCUCUUUUCCAUGGUGGUCGUCAUUUUUACUUUAAUGAAGUCCUCAGCCCCUGAGGGCAGCAAGACAGAUGACAAGGAGACAGUCAAAAGCAUUCUUAAAGUGGUGGUCUUUCUAACGCCUGUUUUUGGAGUAACAUGGAUCAUUGGCUUUGCUCAGCUCCUACUGGAUGACACCAAUCCCAUGUAUAAAGUUGUUCUCUACAGUUUCACCAUCCUCAAUUCCUUCCAGGGCCUUUUCAUUUUGAUAACAGGAUGUUUUGCGGAGCAGAAGGUACGAGAGGAAGUGAUAAAGCUCAUAAUGGCAAAAUCAAGAGGAAAAAGUGAGAGCAUGAAGAAUUUGACUGCAACCACAUACACGAAAGAAAAAUGAAGACCCAGAUUGGGGAGACGGAAACAGCAACUCAACAGCAACUUACAUGUAUGCAGCUCCACUUGUAGCCUACAACUGUUAGAGUCAACCUGAUCUCACAGAAAUACGUGAUAUGACCAUGACCUCUUAACACAGCAUUCGGUGGUGGCGGCACAUAAUGGGUUAAAAUUCCAUGCUGGUACCAUGGAAACAAUGCCAAUGUAAAGUCAGUUAGGAUCCUUUGAUGUGGUGGACACACAAAUUCCCUGGUUCAACAACCAACGUCACGUCAAUGUCAUUUUCCUCAAUGAUAUCUUUAACAUUCCUGUAUACACACAAAAACACGAAAUUAAAAAAAAUGAAACAAAUGUAUUUUGGUCUGCCGCAACCUGAAUAAAGACGGGAUGAUCAAACUGGACUUUACAUUUCGCAUCCCUCAUUCAAUCUCUGCACUUGUCACUUUCAUAUUAUUUCAUCAAACUGGACUUAAGUUUGUGCAUUGCAUUCAACUUCCACUUAUUAUAAUUUAAUUAUUUAUGCACAUUGUUGCUCUUGUCACCAUCAUAUAUUUCAUACACUUCAUUUCCUUGUCCAUAGCGCAGACCAUAUUUCCUUACAGUUUCAUUUCAUGUUUUAUAUAACAUUUGUAGACUAUUAGGCUACCAUUCCAUUCUGUAAAUAGAUUGUAAAAUUUCAAUAUAUUUUAAUACUAUUUUUGCUUAUUUCAGUAUUGUUAUUAUUGGUUUACCUUUUAGUAGUAUUGUAUUUACUGAGGAUGACUCAUUUUAGUAACUAUUUACAGUAAAAAAAAAAAAAAAAAAGACAAAAAAAAACCAAACAAAAAUUAAUUUUAUACACUGGAUACACUUCUCUGAAACUAGACCUGGCAUGGCUUGCAUCCAAAGAGAAAAUCAAGAAAAUCAAAACUUUGUCAUAGAGAGAGUGACAGGGAGAGUAACAUAUGUCAGUAUGAAGAUUCUACAUGGCUCCUGCUUUAAUAUACUGACCUUUGAACCUUGACCUCAGUGCAUGUUUGAGGGCUUAUAACUCAGCAACUAAAGGGGGUACAGACAUGGGACCAACUGUUAUAGAGAGCUCUUGACCUCAGCUAUCAUGUGAGUGUAGUCAACAACUGGGGGUGCUGUCAGAUAUGGAUAAAAUAUGGAUAAAAUUAAUUUUCACCCAUUUAGAAAUUAGAUAUUUAAAAUCUGAUUACACAUGUGUUUACCAUCCCCUUAAAGUCCACAGUGUACUCUCAAUUCAUUCUUUACAACUUCUAAAUCUAGGAAAAACACUUUUAUAUUUUUCAAAAACUACAAUUCCCUGGGACUGCGCCAUGCAGCUUGAUACAUAUCAGCAACAUAGUUGUAGUUCUACUGAUUUGCAAAGUAGCGUUCUAAAUAGGGUUGUAAAAAGAUAUAUCUACUGAAUAUAUCUAAUAUCAAGUAAAGCCGAACUAGUUAUUACACUCCACCUAGAUGAACUAUGGUAAGAAAAAGUAAAGAUGAUGGUUAAUUUCAGAUAUUUUAUCUAAUACUGUAGAAAUGGCAUUUCUGGGAUGGUAGUUCUUCCGGUUGUAGAGUUGUCAAAUAGGGUCGUAAAAAAGUAAAUCUACUGAAUAUAUCCAAUAUCUAGUAGUACAGUCAAACUGUCAUGUUAUUAUCAUUAUUAUUAUUAUUGGUGGUAAAUUAUAACAGAGGAAUAUAUUUGCAGUUUUAAUAUCAAAGACACUUUGGUGUUUUUGUGUGUAUGCAGAAAUGUUAAAGAUAUCAUUGAGGAAAACGACGUUGGCGUGACGUUGUUGAAUCAGGGAAUUUGUGUGUCCACCAUGACAAAGGACCCUAAUUGAUUUUACAUUGGCAUUGUUUUCAUGGUACCAGCAGGUAAUUUUAACCCAUUACUUGCUGCCACCACGGAAUGUGGUGUUUAAGAGGUCGUGGUCAUUUGACAUAUUUCUGUGAGAUCAGGUUGGUUAGAGUCAACUUUGUGUUAGCUAGUUACUAAACAGUUACAAAGGGAUAGAUGAAUGGCCACAAACUGGGCUGUCAUCCAAGGCUCAUUAGAUAGAAAACUGAUGUUUUGCUAAUAUUUAUUCAUUUGAUAGAACUGGGAAAAAGCUAAACUACCAGAUAUCACCAUGAAACUUUCCCAGUUGAUUACAUUAAGACAAUUAUUUUCAAUAUUACAAGUUUUCUGAAAUUAUAUUUUUAAAUACACAAUAGCAAUUUGUUGGGAAUAUAUUAACUAAUUAAAUAUGCAUUGAUUUCCAGACAUUUCCAACAAAAAUCUGAACACUGGAUAAAGCCAAGUUCAAAAUUUUGAGGUUUUUACAGAGGGAUGUUUGGACAGGUCUUUUUGAUCACUCCAUAAAUCAGAAAACACUGUCACUACCUGUCAUAGGAAUAAAAUGUUCUAUAAAUCAGGAUAUAAAUUAUAUAUGAACAAACCCCUCUGUAGAACCCUUCAGAUUAUAAAUAGGAAUAAAACUGAGAGGUUCGGUGUAUUUAAGUGCUACUGUGAGAUUUUUGGCUCAGAGUAUGACCAAAAACUCAUUUUGAAAAAAUGACCUAAAAAGAUAUGUGUUGUAAAAUUCCCAAAAUAAGAUACUGGGAUAAUGAUUUUAACUUGUAGAUAUCAUCAUGAAAUUUCCACAGUUUAUUACUUACACUGAGACAAUUAUUUUUUUAAUUGCUUUCAAAAAAAAAGUUUUCUGAUUUUCUUUUGUUUGUUUGUUUGUUUGUUUGUUUGUUCAAAUAUGCAAAUGUGACAUUGUCUAAUUAAAUGUGUGCUUUGUGAAUAUAUUUCCGGAAACAAAAUACACAUUUAGGUGACAUAAAUACCUAAAUGAGUAUUUUGGACUUUUUAUUUCCACUAGUCUGAAAGAAGACAUGUUAUGAAGCAAAUUCAUCCAAAAUCUCAAAAUUUGACCAGUACAUGAAAAAACGAUGUUUUGACCUGGGUUGUCUCACCUUGGAUCAAAUCCUGCUCCAGGGAGUAAUAUGUAAAUCAAGCUGACGUAUACAUUUGGAAGCUUUUUUUCCCUUAAAGGUAAAGCAGAUAAUUUCUUAUUUGCAUUGGAAGUGCAAAAUAAGUAAAACACAAUACUGAACUGUCACUGUAUAGCUUCAAGGAGAGGCUUGAGGUCCAAACAGAUUCAAACCACAUAACUGGGUGUUGUGCAUUCUGUAUGUCCAGGUUAAGCUGACUGUAUAUAGAACACACAAUUUUGUUUUGCAACAACUUUGGCUUAGUAUGAUAAUUUUGUUUAAAAAAAGACUGUACAUAAAGAUGGAUGACAUGACAGCGCCUCAAAACUGAACCCAAAAUAUCUGGCCUCCACCUUGAGACACGUACAGCUGCAGACACAUUCUGUUGGUAGUGUACACAACUAGCCCCUACAAAUCAUGCCCACCACUUGUACAAGACAAACCCACCACUGAGACAGCUCUACUAAAAUGCUACAAUGUAGGGAAUUUCGACCAAAUGUAGUACAUGAAAACAUAAAUCUCUUUAAAAUAAGGUUUGUGAAUCGCUUACCUAGGAUUAGCAUAAGUACUAAGAUGUAGCCUUCCAGCUAACCUUACCCUACCUAUAAACACAGUUAACAUUAGCUAAUUUCUAACUUAGCAUUAGCAUAAGUAACAAUAUGUGGUCUUCUCAAGUAACCAGAUGUAGCCCUCCCAUUACAUUAUCCUUACCUUAACCACCUCUCUUUUAACAAAAUACCUUACACCUAGUGAUGGCCAAAUGAAAGUGAGAGAAACUCUUGGUGUAAAGAGAGAGGCUCAUUGAAUAGUAAUUCAGUGUGCUUCAAAUGUUUAAAUGUUUCAUGAGGCUUCAUUUGGCAAUCACUACUCAUACCUAAUAUUAGCUAAUUGCUAACUUAGCAUUAGCAUAAGUAACAAUAUGUGGUCUUCUCAUUACCCUUACCCUACCCUUAACCACCUCUAUUUUAACAUAAUGCUUUAUAGCUAAUAUUAGCUAAUUGCUAAGUUAACAUUUGCAAAAGUAACGAGAUGUAGCCUCCUCAUUACCCUUACCUAAACCUUAACCACCUCUCUUUUGAUAUAUUUCAUAGCUAACAUUAGCUAAUGGUUAACUUAGCAUAGCAUAAGUAAGGCGAUGUAGCCUUCUCAUUACCCUUACCCUAACCUCAACCACCUCUCUUUUAACCUAAUACUUCAUAGCUGUAUAAUUGCAAAUUUAGAAAUUUCAUCGGGAACUAUGCUUUGGGGCCAAGAAGCAAAGUGGAGUGAUCAAGGACUGACAUGUAGCUAGACGGCUG